AUGGGGACAAUGCAGUUAAAGAUGCUGAAACUUUUGCUUUUAUUAACUAUCACAGAGAUAUGCACAGCUCAGAAUGACAUCACGCUGUCGGUGUUUACGGUGACAUCAAAGAGUUUAGCCGUGCAGUGGAGCUUCCCCGCCGGUGCCAACUCCUACAAGAUCACAGUGAUCCCCAAGAACUCUCCAGGACAACUGGUGUUCGCCCAGUUCAGUGGCAACACGGUGUUAGGCUCAGUUAACUCUAUGUCACCAAACACAGUAUACACUGUGAUGCUGGAGGCCAUGGACAAUGACGGCAAUGUCCUCAGCAGUGCAGACAUUGAGGUGACAACAGCUCCUGAGGUACCGAGCAUUGAGGAGGCCUACUCCAAAAAAAGCGACAGCAUCACUGUUGAGUUCACAGAGGUUGCCGGGGCGACCAACUACCUCCUGAGGGCAGAGUCGAGGUCAGGUGAUUUCUUCUCUGAGACCAAUGUGAGUAGUUCUCCGGGCACCAUUCGGCAGCUUCAGCCCUACACAGACUACAUCCUGAGAGUCAUUUCCGUCAACUCUGGAAGGAGGAGUCAGCCGUCACUCGCCACUGAGAACAGGACAGUUGUGAUGGCGCCAGAAUUGGAGACGGACGCCCCCACCAACAACACCAUCAAUGUGACCUGGCCACGUGUGGAGCACGCCGUUUUCUACACGCUCUGCCUCUUCCAGCAAGGCUCCAGCACCCGCCUCAAGCGCAACACCACCGACACCAUGGUGGUUUUUGACAACCUCACACCAGGAACUCUGUACUGCAUCAAGGGCACGGCCUGGGAUGCCGAGGGCCGCACCGGUGACGACCUCACCGUCUGCCAGAUCACACGUCCUUCAACCCCAGAUGUGACCCACGUCCAGAUGACGCAGGGUCGGUCUCUUGGCAUCGCUGUGUACUGGUUGUCCGUGCAGGGCGCGAGGAUCUACGUGGCCUUGACGUCCAACGGCAAAAACUGUUCUAGCCAAAGCAAUCACUGUUUCAUUAUACCUGCGGAAUGCGGCCAGAAUCGCUCCGUCACUGUCGUAGCGUAUAAUGACGCUGGACCCAGCAGCCCUUCACAACCGGUUACCUACAUUACAUAUCCAUGUCCUCCAGAGAACAUCUGGGUGGAGGAGCCCACAGCUGGUAACUGCUCAGUGAUGUGGGACAGUGUACCGCUGGUGGAGCACUACAUCACUUACAUAAAAAGGGACGACGGGGCGGAGCACUCAUGCAACACCACCGAAACCACCUGUCAAUUCUUCUGCAUGUGUGGCUACACCUACCUCACCAGCGUGUUCCCCCACAACCAGGCCGGAUCCAGCCUUUUCGCACACGUCCGCAACUACACCACCAUUCCUUGUUGUCCACAUGAUGUUACCAUAAAGCUGGUUUCUACCGAGACCCUGGAGAUCAUGUGGUCGCCUGUCAAAGGGUCCGAGCUGUACAAGACGACAGCAGCAGAGACUCACGAGGUCAUCCACUGCAACGACACAUCACCAGUGUGUGCUCUGUCAGAUCUGAAGUGCAACACAGGUUACGCCGUGACAGUGACGUCGUGCUGCGAGUUACGAGGAUGCAACACCACCUGCAAAGCACAGAUACAUGAAACGGCUCCAUGCACUCCAGAGAUCAUGAGUUUGGCUCAGGUCAACAACUCCACAUACAAAGUCCUUAUCACAAACCCCAACACAGGCGAUACAAAUUACACCGUCACAGCCACCGGACGCUAUGACAGACACACUUGCCACUCGACAAAUGACUACUGUGAGCUCACACAGCUGCCCUGUGGCAAGACCUAUGAAGUGACAGUGGUGGCCACCUCGGCAGCGGGGAAAAGUCUGCCUGGGUUCAGUAAAAUUCUGGAAACAGGUCCUUGCUGUCCCAUGUAUGUGAAUGUGACCCAGGUCACCCAGGCUAUGACCAACGUGACGUGGUCUGCUGGCCACGGGGCUCGCUCCUACGUUGUUGCCCUGACGUCCCUUCGAGGACACGCCUCAUGCCACACUCUGGACACACACUGCCUGAUGGGCUGCAUCACUUGUGGCACCAACUACAGCGUUUACCUGGAAGCCAUCAGCAGCUCAGGGCACAAGUCAGAGUGCUUGUAUAAAGGAUUCUCAUCCAGUGCCUGCUGUCCAACAGGCGUCAAGCUCUAUCGCAGGAGCAACAACACCCUCAGAGUAUACUGGCGUUCUUUGGGCACUCAGGUCUACAAUCACACAGUACAGCUGUCUGGAACCAGAGCCAACAACACCUGCACGGCAGCUGCAGGCAGCAUGUACUGUGACAUGGAGGAGGGCCCGUGUGGAGACGUCUACACCGUGGUGGUGGCACCGGUGGGUCAUGACGGGACCAUAGUGGUCUUCUGUCAGGCCAGGUGGUACUCAGUUCCCUGCCCAGGAAGUAAUGCGGGUAUGAUGAUCUCUCAUGGCAAACGAAGAAUGAAUUAAACGUGUGAACACCUGCCACCACUGACACAAGAGGAAGAAGAGGAACGUGUUUACAAUAAUGAAACUAAAGGUUUAAUAUACCCAAAUAUUUAGGAAUUGCUCUGCUAUGUUGAACUGUUCGCAAGAAAAAAACUCUAAGAAAUAUGAAAAGCAAAGCUAAAGCUAUACAAUUCAACGUGAAAUGAGGGUUUUGGGGAAUUAUAAUAACUGUGGGUGUUUAUUCGAGAUUUUGCUACUUGAUAAAGAAGAGAUGCAUGCCUGAUUGUUUUUGCUUUCAGUUGUGCUGGAUGUAAUUUUAAUGAGAUUUACUGAAAAUGAAAAAGAAACAGAACUUUAAACUUUACACUAAGACCCCUCAUUCACAUAAAUAAAAUCAUGGCAGUGAUCAUUAAAUGGCAAAAUACAAACAAUACCUUAGGACUUCUCCAAGUAGAAGACCUCCAUACGGCUGCAGUCUGAAACCGUAUGACUCCUGGCUGUGAAGCUGACUCUCGGUGACUCAGAUCGGGGUCAGUCUGAAAGCGGGGCAGCAGGAAUCCAUCUCGUUCGCCUGGAGUCAUGCGUGGCAAGUCCUGUGGAUGAUACAUCUGAUCAUAAUGCUGGAAAUAGGUUCAGUGUUGCUUGCAUUGGAUUUGUUUGCUCCAAGUUGACAGAUGAGAACAAUAAAGCACAAUGUUUUGGCAUUUCAA